AUGCAGUGCGCCGCGGGCGUGCCCCCCGCGCUGGUGCGGAGGAGCCUCCUCAGCCGGGACCGCCUGGUGACCAGGACGCUGUGCAGCCCGGGCCCCCGGCAGCCCUGUGGGGACAGGCCGGAGGAGGAGGCCCUGCAGCUGCCCCAGCGCCUGGCAGAGCAGGGCCGCGCCCUGGGCCGCCGCCUGCAGCAGCGCGCCGCUGCCAAGGCCUCCGCCUGGUGGGAGCGGUACGAGGAGUUUGUGGGGCUCAGCGAGGUCCGAGAGGCCCAGGGAAACGUGGCGGAGGCCGAGAAGGUGUUCAUGGUGGCUCGAGGGCUCGUCCGCGAGGCUCACGAGCAGCUGGAGGUGCAGCAGGCCAAGCUAAAGGCGGUGAGGGACCGCCUGGACCGCAUCUCCAAGGAGGACAGCCAGUACCUGGAGCUGGCCACGCUGGAGCACAGGAUGCUGCAGGAGGAGAAGAGGCUGCGCACCGCCUACCUGCGGGCGGAGGACGCGGAGCGGGAGAAGUUCUCCCUCUUCUCGGCGGCCGUGCGGGGGAGCCACGAGAAGGAGCGGGCGCGGGCCGAGCGCACCAAGAACUGGUCCCUCAUCGGGUCGGUGCUGGGCGCCCUGAUCGGCGUGGCCGGCUCCACCUACGUGAACCGCGUGCGGCUGCAGGAGCUGAAGGCCCUGCUGCUGGAGGCGCAGAAGGGGCCCGCCAGCCUCCAGGAGGCCAUCCGGGAGCAGGCGUCCAGCUACUCCCUCCAGCACCGGGACCUGCACGGCCUCAUCGCGGACCUGCAGGGCCUGGUCCGGGCUGAGCCGGCGCCCGGCUCCCAAGGCGGCGACGCAGACGCGCUCUCAGCCGCCCUGAGAGAGCAGCUCGGCCUCUCCCGGCAGGUCCGCUCCUGCCUGGACGGCCUGCGGGGGCAGCUGGACGGCCUGGAGAAGACUUUGGGCCAGGUGGCCGGGGUGGUGCAGCUGGCGAAGGCCGCAGACCCGGCUCUGCCCGGCGCGGCGCUGGAGCCGGGGGGCCUGGUCUUGGUGCUGCCGGACCUGGAGCAGCGGCUGGAGGCCCGGGUCAACAGGAACACCAUCUACAGCACGCUGGCCACCUGCCUGACCAUCGUGGCCACCAUGCCGAUGCUCUACAUGCUGUUCAGGGCCAGCUAG